AAUCUUGUUCAGGUUAAAUUAUACAGGAAUGCCCAUGUGAUGUCAGAUCAUGUGACGACAUUUGUGGAGAUAUCGCCAGUAGUGGAGUGAACACUGCACAACAUACAACAUGGAAACAGAACCGCUCCUGCAAAAGGUGGAGGAGUCCCCGGAAUCUGGAGUCAAGAAAUCUCAAAUCAAGAAUCUCCUCUUUGGAAACAUGAUAUUGUUCAUAUUAACACUUGCGGUGUCGAUGUUUUCGCCAGCGAUGAGCCAGUAUCUCUACAAACGGGUGACAGAGGACGUCUUUCGCAAUCAAACUCUGGCAGGGAAAGGUCCAAUGAAUCAAACAUGUUACCUGAACACGUCAAACCCAGACUACAUCCUUCAGGAGAAGGCACAGCAGAUCGCCGCAGACAAACAAAUGCAGUUCACACUUAUGAAAAGUAGUCUAGCCAUCGUCAGUAACAUCAUGCUUGGUUCCUACUCGGACUCUGUUGGUCGCAAGCUCCUCUAUGUCAUACCACUCACUGGUCACUGCUUGAGAUUUGGAUUUACAGCAGUCAUUAUCUACUGGAACUUGGAUAUCAACUGGUUUUUUCUUCCAGAAGGUUUAGAUGGGAUAUCGGGGAGCUAUUUCGCUUUGCUGCUUGCAUCGUAUGCUUAUGCUGCUGACAAUACCCCAGCAACAGGUGCACGAACCAUGGGCAUAGCCUUUGUGGAGUUCUUUGAGAGCAUAGGGUCUGCUGCCUCAGCAACAGCAACAGGCUACUUCAUCCAAGACGUGAACUUCUUCUACCCGACACUCACUGCCACGCUGAUCGUUCUCGUGGACAUUCUCCUAGUGGUGACUCUGCUGCCAGAGAGAAAUGGGAUUAAAAAGGCAAAGAGCAAAUGGAUUACACCUCUAGAAGGAUGUCGACGAGUGUUCGGAUUUUAUGUUUUGGAGGGCACUAAGCGAAAGAGAGUGUGUUUCGUAUUAGCUAUCUUGAUAUUCGUUUUCACGGCGUUACCAGGCGUAGGGGCGUCUAAUAUUGACACACUUUUCAAACUGAACCUUCCAUUUUGCUGGACACCAGAGAAAAUAGGUUACUACAGUACAAUCAGCUCUGUAGCAAAACAGGUGAUCGGUGUUCCGUUGACGCGACUGUUACAGUGUUGCUGUAUUGAUGAGGUGAUCGGAGUGAUUGGUUCAGUGGCGAUAGGCUUAGCAGACAGUCUUCAGUCCAUUGUAAGCAAAGACUGGAUGAUGUAUGGACUUGCGGGCAUCAAUGUUCCUGCUGCCACGCUGUUCCCAGUAGUUCGCUCCACAUUGUCCAAGCUGGCUCCGGCUAACAAACAAGGUUCCCUGUUUGCCAGUAUAGCGGUGGUGGAGACCAUGUGCUCUCUGGUGGGGACUCCUAUCUUCAGCAACAUCUAUCAGGCCACAGUGGUGGUUUGGAGAGGUAUGGUGUUCAUCGUCUUGGGAAGCACACAUAUCGUCGCUGCUAUUAUUCUUGUGAUCUAUAUAUUCGUGUCCAAACCGAUCAGACAGAAGCAAGAUGUUCUGGAGGUUCAGCGCGAUGUUCACAAGGAUGAGGCUGUGGUUCCACAUGCUCAGUGCGUGGUUACAAAAGGAACUCAGACUGACAUAACCAUUGAUCCAGACAAGCACGUGCAUGCACAGUCGGCGGCAGGCCUAGAGGUAACAGAGGUCACCCGAGCCAGCAUACACGUGCAUGUUCAGUCAGAGUUUGUCGAAGAGGAUGGACGUUAUGUGAAAACAGACGGGUAG